AUGACAAUUGUUGCUUGUAUUCUUCUUCAAGGAAUCAGUGCAUUCGUUUGUACACAAGUAACCAAUGUUUAUUUAUUUCUGUUUAUCCGAGUUUUAAUGGCCAUCGGAGGAGCCGGAAGUUUUGGUACGCUCCUUGUAUUUGUAACAGAAAUUACAUCCAUGAAGUAUCGCUCUCGACCGACAAUGGCGACUCAGCUUGCUUUUUCUUGUGCAUUACUUUUCAUUUCUCUAAUCGCAUACUUCAUAAGAGACUGGAAAAUGUUAAUAAUUAUAAUAUCAGGACCAUCAAUACCAUUGGCCUUAUUAACGAUGUGGCUUGCACCAGAAUCGCCACGUUGGUUAAUGAGUGUAAAGAGAGAGAAACAAGCUGGAAAAAUCUUAAAUAAAAUGGCGGAAAUAAACAAGACUAACUUUCGUUAUGAACCGGAAUAUGAAAUAGAAUUAUCUAACAGCAAUGACAGAAACGUCAAAAUAUGGAAAAUUUUCACUGUUCGAGAUCUUCUAAAAAGAACUUUAAUUAUGAUGUUCGCUUGGGUAACAGUAAUAUUUGUUUACUACGGAUUGACGUUGAACUUAGGCGUUUUGGCGGGUAAUGUUUACUUGAAUUUAUUUCUGAAUUCCCUCUUCGAAAUUUCUGUGAUUCUUUUCGCCGUCUUUUUUGUUGAUCGAUUUGGAAGACGGAAAUUGACCCUUUCAUUCAUGGUCGCCAGUGGUAUAACUGGGAUACUUACCCUCUUCCCAUAUCUGUACGCAUCAAAAGAUCAAUACUGGAUUAUAACGGCACUGACCACAUUCAGUAGAAUGUGUAUAGCAGGGGCUAUUUCAGUUAUCUGUCUUUACACCUGCGAACUUUACCCUACAUGCAUUCGAAACUCGUCAGUGGGAAUUUUAGCGGGCUUUGCGAGGUUUGGAGGUGUUCUCUCGCCCUAUAUAAUGAACCUCUCAACUUUGGCUCCUGGUCGAGUGGGUAAAAGUCUCCCUUUGAUGUUGAUGGGAAUUACAUGCUUCGUGUCUGGGAUUUUACUUAUCUUUCUACCUGAAACAACUAACAAACCGAUGCAAGAUACUCUUGAUGAGGUGACGAAUAACAAACACACAAAUAACAGUGCAUGUAAAGAAGGCGAAAUGGACGAAACAGUCGAACUCAAUGCGGUCGCAUGA